AUGCUCUUCCCAACAGCAGCUCUGGUCCUCGCCGCGGGCGCGCUUGUCGCGGCCCAGACGCCCGCCGGGUUCACGCCCGAGGUGACCGCCCGGUUGGACCUCGUCUUUGGGGCCAAGACGGUGACCGUUCCCGGCACGAGCUUGACGAAAGCCGAGACGGCAAAGCAGCCGACUAUUGGCACCACCGACGCGGUCCUGAACGGCACGUACCUGUGGAUGAUGAUAGACCAGGACGUCCCAGCCAACUUCCAAAACCCCAGCGCCGGCGGCCGCCGCACGAACCUGCACGCCAUGCUUACGGGGUUCAAAGCGAGCAGCAGCGGCGGCGGCGACGUCGGCGCCGUGCACGCACUAGCCUCGUCAGCGACGGGGCCCGUCGCGUACACGGGACCCGCGCCGCCGGCCGAGACCCCCGCGCACCCGCACCGCUACGUCAGCCUGCUGUACGAGACGCCCGCGGCCGGCUUCGCCGUCACGCGCGCCCAGGUCGGCCAGACGCUGGGGUUUAACCUCGCUACGUUUGUUGCGGCUGUCGGGCUGGGCGCGCCGGUGAGGGCGAACUAUUUCAAUGUUACGGGGUGA